GGCGACUUGGGUCCUUGUCGUUUUCCCGAUUUAGGGCGGCCAGUUCAAGUUGCCAUAGCAGGGAAAAGGAAGUGCCAUCAUAGAUACAAUACAAAGCAGCAGUAUUACUGCUGGUUAUCUUGCGAUUUAUAUGUUUUUUGACGAUGCGAUUGAGAUAAAGUCCAGUUGGGCGUGCCGAUGCCAGGGGCGCCCGGACCAUGGCCGAGUCCUCCAGCGAAUCGGACACGUAUCUUGGCUCUCGGGGGGGCCCGUCGAGGGGGCGGAACGGGCGUCACAAGCACAGGAGUACGAGGCCCAGGGGGGACGGCGACAUUUCGAGGAAGAUUGACACCUUGGCCGACACUUUAGAGGACACCAGUAGGAAUCUCCACAAUGUGGACCGGAUGCUGGGUCAGUACAGGCAGCACACAGACGACCAAGCCAAAGCCAUGGCGGCACUGAGGGGGGACCUCGAGGACUCCGUCCAGCAACUACGGAGCCAGCGGUCGUGGGGGGCGGCCUCCACCCACAGCCCCUCCCCAUCCACAAUGCACACCAGCGACUUGGAGGCAGGCUACAGCUCAGAAGGUCAUCGCUACCUCCCGACCUCCCCAUUGAGGCACCAUGGUGGUCCGGAGUCCGCGACGAGGAGACGGUCCCGAUCGACCUCCGUGCGAUUCAGGGACCCCGGGCAUCAGGAUAUCCACAGCCUGCACCAGUCUCUCAGGGACUUGCGGAGCGACCAGAUGCAGCUCGGGGAGGAUGUGGACAGGGAGAUCUUGCGGCGGAACAGGUCUGAUCUGGAGACCAGGAAGACCCUAGAAGCUCUGUCUGACCAUCUGCGUACCUCUCAGAGGGACGAAUCGGUGUCCUCGCGGGUGGAGCGGCGUCUACUGGAGAUGGAGAGGGAGAUGCGCUCGAGCCGGCAGGCACUGGAGGGGCGUCCGGAGCCCCGGGGGAAGGUGUCACCUGAGCUGCAGGAGGUGCCGAUGAAGAGAGAGAAGGAGGAGGAGGCUAUGAAGAAUCGACUGCUGAAAUCGGAACGCGAGCGAAGCAAGAUGGAGCUGGAGCUGGAGAGGGCCAGAAGGCAGCUGGACAAGUCAGAAGGCAGCCGGGAUGCUCUGCUCCUUCAGGUGGAGGAGCUGCGUCUCCAGCUAGCACGGACCGAGAAGCAGAGCGUGGAGGUGCAGCUGCAGGCAUCGCGGCUCCUCUCUGAGCAGCGGAGCACAGCUGAUGGCGGAGAUCUUUCCCGGGGCUUGUUGGAGCAUGAGGUGCAGGAGCUCCGUAGGCAGCUGGCUGGUGGUGGACCCCUGAGAGAAGUAGAGGAGCUAAGGAGGACUGUGGAGCGCAAGGAGAGGGAGCGGGCCCAGCUGUCUAUGCGAGUGGAGACACUCUCCUCUGAUUUGGAACGGCGGGAACAGCAGCAGCUGCAGAUGCUGGCCCAGCUGAAGGAGCUGGAGGUGCGCUCGGAGGCGGAGCAGGCCCGUGUGGGCCGGAGCCUGGCUGAGGCUGAGGCAGAGCUGGCCCAGGGAGAACGGAGAAGGGAGGAGCUGAGGACCCGGGCCCAGGAAGCCGUACGGCAGUGGAAAGGUCGAUGUAAGACUUUGGAGCGGGACCUGGAGGAGCGGCGCCGAGAGGCCCAGCGGAGCACUGACGAAGCCCAGCAGGCGGCUAAGGAGAAGGAGGCUGCUCAGGCACAGCUACGAGCCCUAGGCCAGCAGGCAGAGGGGCUCCGCAAGGAACUGGCGGAGGCCCUGGCCAGGCUGUCCCAGCGUGAGGAGGAGCUACGUCGGCGUGAAGAGGAGCUGCUGGAGAGCCGGACCCGCCUCCAGAGUGUGGAGCGAGAGGCACGGGAGGCCCGUGAAGCAGCUCGGACCCUGGAAGCACAGGUUGAGCUACAGGGCCCUCUGCGGGAGCGGCUCCGUGAGGAAAAGCGGGUGCUGGAGGCGCAGGCGGGGGCGGAGCGGGCGGCCUUGCUGGAGCUGCAGGGAUCUGUGAGGGAGCUGAGCGCGGCGCGGGCAGCACUGGCUGAGCGGCUGGCUGUGGAGGAGCGGGAGGAGGCGGGGCUCCGUCAGCGGCUGGACGAGGCACAGAAGGAGGCUGCGUCGCUGGGCCAACAGCUGCGGCGGGAGAAGGAGCUGCGUGAGCAAGAGUCUGCCAGCCUACGGGCAGAGCUGCGGGACAGUGAGGCGAGGCAGGAGCGGGCCGUGCUGGAAGGACAGGCGCUGUUGGUGCAGCUGGAGCAGCUAAAGGCAGACGCGGGGGCGGAUAGGGAGCUAGUGCGGGCCCACCGGAGGCAGGUGGAACGCAUGAAAGCGGAGUGCGACAAGCUGUCGGAGGAGCAGGCCCGGGCCGAGGAGGGACGCGAGCAGCUGCGCAGGAAAUACCAGCUUCUGAAGCAGGACCUGGAGAAGAAGGCGAAGCUGGUGGUUAGGAGCGAUGAUUACCUCCGCGGCAUGGACGGCACAAUCACCGAGCUCCGCGAGCAGGUAUCCCGCCUGGAGGCGGAGCGGGAGUCUGUCCUGGGCGCCGUGGGGGCAGAGAUCGACUCCGCCUGCCUGGCGCUCUCCAGGGAAUCGGAGAAGCUGAAGGCAAUCUCCCUGAACCCUGGCCUUCAAAAGGACCCCCACCGCUGGCUGGCUGAGACCAAGACCAAGCUGCAGUGGCUCCGUGAGGAGGUGAAGGAGCGCGAGGGCCGGGAGAGAAAACUGCGACGCCAUCUCCAGCAGGGACGGGAGCAAUUGAAGGGCCUGAAGCAGAGCAGAGGGGCGGAGCAGCACGUCCUCCUGGAGCGUGUCGCUCAGCAGGAGCGCCUCCUGCAGGGCGUUCAGGGAGAGAAGAGAGAGCUGCUGCAGGAGAUGCGCAGGAAGGACGAGGAGAUGAGGAGCCUACAGGAUCGAAUACUGGAUCUGGAAAUGAGUACAAAAUUAGCCCUGGAUCAUCUGGAAUCGGUGCCCGAGAAGCUGAGUUUACUUGAAAACAUCAAGGACCUUGAGGAGUCCCAGCGCCAGCGGGAGGUGGUGGAGCAGCGUUAUGCCAAGUACAAGGAAAUCGUGUGUGACCUGCAGCGCCAACUAGAGGAGUCCAAAAGGAGGAUCCAGGAAUACAGGGAUGAGAAGUUAGACGCCAUGUCCCGCAGCGUCCGAUUGGCCGCCUUCUCGUCGUCCGUCGGCCAGAGCAGCUUCCUGUCCAGCACCCUCCUCACUGACAGCACUUCACCGCCAAGGCGGCCUCCCUCCCCGGGGCUUGGCGGCCUGCCUGAAGACGGACAGCCCCAUGUGCGUGGUGCCAAGGCUCUGCUAGACAUCGGGCACACGUAAACCCCGUCUCGCUUCAUCGCUAACUCGCGACUCUCUUCCCGGACCGCGGAAACGGACCCCCAGGCGCUUCCUACCUCAGCAUGCAGCCAGUCUGGAUGGAGUGAAUGGGGCCAAAGCCGGCCAAUGCAGGGCUUACAGACCCGAAAGACAAUGAGGGGGCCUUAAACGUCCCGAUGGCUGACUUGCCGCAUGAUGCAUCCUUCGAAGUGCCGUUUACUGUAUUUUAGGGAGCGCCGUGUAUCGGCAUGUCAGGCCAGUCAAGCCACAUUGCUGGGGCAUGAAGAGUAGAGUAGGAAGAGGAGGAGGAGGAUGGGGGCAGCAGAAUCCUCUGGACGGACGUGGUCCCCAGAUGUUCCUGCUGUCCACACAGGCUGGAUCAGCACUUCUGCUCCCCACUCUGCUGUUACUUGCCUUUUUUAUUAACCCAGACACUGCAGUGUGAUCUGUUAACAUUUGUAUUAAAUAUUGACAAUUGUUUUUUUUUUUUUUUUUAAACAAAGGUGCUUCAGUCAAUAUUCAGUGGUGGAUACUGACAUACUGUGUUGUUUACUGGGCUCUUUUUUAUAUAUAUAAUGCUUAAAAAAAAGUGUUUUAUAAAUGGGGGAACUUGGAAAAUCCUGGUGCCUUUUUCUGAGUCAGUUGUGUACCCCUCCUCUAUUACCCUGUUGUAUGGUGCCUGUGUGCUGCAGCUCUCUAUGCAGAGGACUGAAAAACAAGGACCUCACAUGUUUUUA